CAGGCGCCUGGGUGGUUCUUAACCCCUUCAAUGUGUUCCUGUAUUUUUCUUUCAGUUCCUCAAGACAUGAAGGACUGGCCAGUCAAUGUAAGAAGGAUCACAGUUUAUCUACAACUUUCUUGCUCCAUCCAGCUAAUCUGGAGCCAGACCGACAGACAGAAGGACAGAUAGACUGACUGGCGGAGUGUACGGUUGAAAGUCAGACAAAUAGGCUGCAGGAAGUACAGUCAGAUUAAAAUAAAACUCUUGAGAGAAACUUUCAACUAAAUGCAAUUUAAUACGAAAUGGUUUUAGGAAAUUCAGCUUCAAAUUCUUAAAGAUUCAGCAGACCAAUAUAUUUUUUGUGGUCACAUCUGAUCUUUCUGUCAGUCAAUCAUAUGCCAAAGGUACAGAGAGAAAACCUACACAAUGCUGUUUAAAUAAUAAAAGGCAUGAUAGCCAUCGCUCCAAUGUCUAGUUAUGUUAAUAAGUAAUUUGUAAUCAAGUGGUUCAGUAGUUCAGUCCAGGACAGCCAGUUCAGCUCAUCUGAUUUCUCUUUACGCUUCGCUCUUUAACGUUGGACGAUAUGGAGGUUAUCAGUCCUUACCUAUUUCGAUAUAAAGGUUAUGUCUUUGCAACAGGAUUUUCUCCACCAGAAUACAUCGAUUCACUCCAAACAUUCGAGAUAAGGGACAGCGAUAUUUUUCUGGUCACCUAUCCCAAGUCAGGCACUGUAUGGACUCAGCAGAUCAUCACGCUGCUCUGUGAAGCGGAUCCGUCAAACAACAUUGUGUACGACAACAACUGGCACACAAUGCCGUGGCUAGAGAGUCGUCUGGACAUGCCCGACUACUCCUUGCGUCCCUCCCCCCGUUUAUUCACCUCUCACCUCACCCCCGCCCUGAUGCCCCCUGGACUGAAGAACAAGAGGGCUAAGAUUGUCUAUGUGAUGAGGAACCCAAAGGAUGUUAUGGUCUCUUACUUUCACUUCUCCCACGCUAUACCCAAACUGGAGACCCCCAAGAGCUUUGAGGACCUGAUAGGGGAGUACCUGGAGGGAGUAGUUGCUGGUGGUUCCUGGUUUGAUCACAUCAGGGAAUGGCACUCAAAGAGAGAUCAGUACAACAUCCUGUUUUUGACGUAUGAGGACAUGAUCAAGGAUCUGAGGUCUGAGGUGCUGAAGAUCAGCAAGUUCCUCGGGAAGAACCUGGACAGUUCGGCCAUCGACCACGUGGUGGAGAGGGCCACCUUCAAGAACAUGAAAAAGGACCCCAAAGCCAACUAUGACUUCCUGCCCCAAGAACUGCUGGAUCAAGAGCAGGGACACUUCCUUCGCAAAGGUACGGUCGGGGACUGGAAGAACACCUUCACCGUGGCCCAGAGUGAGCGCUUUGACCAGGUCUUCCAAGAGAGGAUGAGGGGCCUCCCACUGCAGUUCACAUGGGACAUUCAUGAGCAUCCAUAGUGGUUGUUGAGGCCUGUUGAGGCUCAAAUUUCAAGUGGAAGUGAGCAUUGUAUGACUGGACUUGUCACAUGGAUAAUAUUUGUGAGGGUUAAGGGCCUUGCUGAGGGGCCCAACAGCUGUGCAGAUCUUAUUGUGGCUACACUGGGGAUCGAACCACCAACCUUGCGGGUCCGCACUCACCACAAUCACCACAAUCACCACAAUCUUGAAUCUAAGUUCACACACUAACAUUGUUGCAUUUGAAAAAACACAUUCAUGUCAAUGUAUGGUAUGAUUUUGAUUCCUUUUUUACUUCAGUUAAUAAUUUGAUAAAAAAAUUAAUGGUAAAACAAAUGGAUGAGCUGUUCUCAUAUAGUUUUUUUGCUAGUUUUUUAAGCUCAGGCUUUAUAGGAUUAAGACUUGAUGAAGUUGGAAACAUGCAUGUCUGUUGGAAGAGGGAAGUUGUGUACUGAUUUGCUACUCUCAGAAUGGGUUAGAUGGGGGCGCUGGUGCUAAAAAUAUCUUUCUGAUCUUUCUGUCGGUCAAUCAUAUGCCAGACGUACCGAGGAAAAGAGUAAACAAUGCUGUUAAAAUAAGCCAUGACAACCAUUCAACAUUAAUAGGUAACUUAUACUCAAGUGGUUCAGUAGUUCAACAUCACUGUUAUUGAAAGAAAUAAAACUGACUGAACUGUGCAAAUAUGAUACAUUUCAAAAAAUGUUUUCUGCAAUCAUAAAAAUGUAAAACUAAAACUAUUUUCCUUCUGAUCUUUCUGUCAGCCAAUCAUAUGCCAGAUGUACAGAGGGAAAAACUACACAAUGCUGUUUAAAUAAUAAAAGUCAUGAUAGCCAUCGCUCCAA